AUGGACAAACAAUUCAAGAAUUUCUUGAAUGCCCUCAGACAACUUCACAUCAACAUUCCUUUUAUUGACGCUAUUCUAAAAGUCCCAAAUUAUACUAAGUUUUCGAAGGAGAUGUUGACUAAGAAGAGAAAGCUGCUAGAACAUGAUACAAUAGCACUAUCUGAAGAGAAAAUAGGAUUAGGAGAUCCUAAGGCAGCAUCUAUUAUUCUUCAACUGACGGACCGAUCACUGAAAUACCCAUACAGAAUAGUUGAAGACAUGGUUAUGAAGGCGGGGGAGUUUAUUUUUUCAGCUGACUUCAUCACCCUUAACAUUGAAGAGGCAUCUUAG